AGAAGUGAGACAGAGAAGCACAAUGGGUGAAUUCAGAUGGAUUCAAAUGUUUUUAUGUCGGAUGCUGAUGAUUCAGAUUGCAGUAUCUGUAAAUGAAACAUCCAUGUUUAUGAAAGUUGGAGAUGACGUCACUCUGCCUUGUCUAAAUGUGAUAGAUGAGCAGAAUAACCAUGAUGGUACUACGUGGACCUUUGCUUCAAGAAACAAACCAACAACAGUAGAGCUGAUCACACUUGGACAGAUUGGUGAAGAAGCCAAAACUAAAUCAGACAGACUGAGUGUUACAGCGAACUGUUCUCUGCUUAUAAAGAAUCUCACAGUUGAGGAUGUUGGUGGUUAUUCCUGUCGACAAUACAAACUAGGAAAAACACGAGCUGAGGACACUCUGGUUCAUCAGUCUUUGGUUGAUCUGGCUGUUAUCACCUUGACUGAACAUAAGGACACUGAUAAGGUGACGUUAAGCUGCUCUGUGGUGAGAAAUGGAGAGUGUCAUCACACAUUGAAGUGGCUGCUUAGAGGUCAAGAUGUGGACAAAGAGAACAAAGAAAUAGUGACUUCACAGACUGACUGCUCCACCACUGUGUCUGUUCUGAAGUAUAAUUAUUUAUACUCAUCAAGGGAUAAAAUACUCAAAUGUGAGGUGACUGAUACUAAAUCAGGAAGAGUACAGGUGUUUAGCACACAGCCCUCAGGUGAGGAAACAGCUCUUUCAUUGUACAUCACUGGAGCUGUUGGUUUGGUUAUAUUGUUAAUAACAGCUGUGUUUGUCAUCAGAUGGAAGAAAAAUAAAGGAAACAAAACACAGAUGUAUGAAAAUGCUGGACUGAGCAUGAAGCCCACAGAGACUCAAUCUGCUCCUCAAACCAUUCAGGACUUGGUGGAGCCUGAAGUUUCCUAUGCCACCAUCAGCUACACCAAGAAUAGCAACAGUAAAACCCAGGUUCAUCGUGAUGGUGAAGGCGAUGCUGUGACCUACAGCAUGGUGAAGGCUCCAUCCUCUGCAUCCACUGCUGAUCCCAGCAACCUCUAUUCUACUGUCAAUGUUGCAAUCACAUAGCUCAAGCAGUUGAAAAAAGGACUCGUAUUUAAUGGAAAGGACAUUUUUGUUUUGACUUGAGGCAGUGUGAUAGCAACAUCCUAAUUAAAUUAUUGCUGUUGUUAGCUAGAUUGCCUCACAAGGUUGUCUUAAUGUUGUUUUCAUGGAUAUUGAGCUUAAUGUUUCCAAGAGAUUUAAUAAAAUGCUGGUUAUUGGAAGAGUGCCGAGCUGAAACCCCCACAGGCAACCCGUGCCCCCACCCCCAACACUUAAAUUAAAAAAAAUUAUCAUUUUUUUUUACAAUAUGUUUAUGAAAAUACAGUUGGUUUAGUUGCUACUUUUACAUGACUAUGAACUGCUCAGAAUCUCUAAAAGACGGCUGGGCGAACAGAGAACACAAUUAUUACACCAGAUAUUCAUGUUUAUGUUUCCUUUUUUAGGUUAGCACAAAACUGUAAAUAAAUGUCGCUUUCUCUCUUUGUCUCUCAAGACAUUGUAAACAUUUCAUUGUAUAAAGCUGAACCAGUAUUUUUCCAUAACUUAAAGCAAGUAUCAAUAUCUACAUGUAUCCAAAAAAGCAUUCAGUUCUCUGUAACUAAAAUAGCAAUAAA